UAUUACAAACCACUCGACUGUUAGGGUCGUCUGUCUGUAAGGGAGCACGGGCUCCACAGAAUGCUGGGGUUGGUAAUUAUGAAGAUAGAACAAAGGGCAAGCUCCUAUCGCACGGGUAAUACAGUCAAAUCGGAAUGCCACUCAAAAUGUAUGAGUGCAGCGAAUGUGCCGCCUCCACCGCGGUAUCCCUCAUUGCGCUACUAACACCUCGAUCUCUCGAUUACUCGGACAAGCAAUACUUACUCACCGAGGUUAGCGGCCUAGCUUCUGAGGCGGCAGCAAUCGCCUUAAUGGCAGGAAAGUCACCAUACGAGGCAAUACGACUUCUUGAACUUGGCCGCGGGGUCAUCAUAGGUUCUCUAAAUGACAUACGCGCCGAUAUCUCCGCUCUUCAGGGUAAAUACCCCUUACUAGCAGAAAUAUUUAUUAAGCUACGGGGUCAACUUGAUGCUCCAACUCGUCAAGAUAUCCGGGACCUGCCUGGCUUCGGCCAAUUUCUCUCAGCCCCUUCCGAGACUGAAGUCAAGGCCGCUGCAGCCUUUGGGCCCAUCGUUGUUAUCAAAACUAGCGAUAUUCGAUUUCAAUGGCUAUGGGAUACGAUUGCGAAGCCGGUCUUCGACGUACUGGUACGCAACAACAGCCCCGAUAGUCGUUGGCCUCGGGUAUGGUGGAUUCCUACAGGCCCUCUCGCCAAAUUUCCUAUCCACGCAGCUAGGUACCACUCCCGCAGCUCGGACACCGUUCUAGACAGAGUAAUUUCAUCCUAUAGUUCCUCUAGUAGGGGACUUAUUCAAGGCCGCCAAAAUCGUGCCAAGACAAAAGCAGUACCGAACCCAGGAAAGGCUGUUCUCGUGGGCAUGAAAGAACUUCGAUAUGCGCCUCAAGAGAUCAACAACCUGGAAGGCCUUUGCCGCUCCAUGCACUUGCGGGUAUGCAAGCCUCAGCCCUGCCAAAGCGAUGUCCUAGCUGCUUUGGAUGACUUGACAGACGCGAUCGAUGCGUCGAACACCGUGAAAAGUCUGUUUGGAAUUAACCUUCACAAUCGAAAACCAUUUCUGGCCUACCUCUCGGCUUGCGGAACAGGGCAAAUAGCACACGAGAAGCUCGUCGACGAGGGACUUCACUUGAUCGCUGCUUGUCAGCUUGUUAGAUUCCAGCACGUCAUUGGCACGCUGUGGAAAGUGAACGACCAUUCUGCAUGGACGUUGCAACCACGACUUAUGACUGGAUGCAAAAACAAGGACUCAGCGACAAAUCGGUCGGCGAGGGGCUUCACCAUGCAAGCAGGAUACUUCCGCGGCACAAAAGCCCGCAAGGUCGAUGAAAUGGCGAUGGAACAAUCCCGUUCGAGUCAAGAUGAGGCAGGAGAACUGAGAGAUGUUGUGCCUUGCGAUGAUAUACCAUUGUAUUGGGUACCUUAUGUCCACUUUGGCAUCUAGCUGUUAUCUCGUUCUAUAAAGUGUCCUAUAUCUAGAGACAGUUGAGCUAGACAAUGGGCAUACGGACUUGGUGAAGCUGCUGCAGUCAACUAGAUAGGUUCGGCCGCAAUCUCAUGUGGUGGGCCUGCCGAAGUCGACAUGCUGACCUCAUACUCCUUGUUGACCAUGCUGCAACGAAGGGUAUCGACGCCAGAUGACCACCCUGACCGGGUAGCCAUGUCAAAUAACCUUGGGAACAAGCUCGGUCGCCGGUAUGAGAGGGCUGGCGAGAUGACGGACCUCCAGGAGGCUUCAGCACACCUACUAGGGGCGUGGAACUGUCGAACGGCUGUUCCAUUUCAUCGUAUCAAAUCCGCC